GACAAAUUAAAAAGUUUUUAUUUUUCUUAUAUUGGUACGAGAUUUUAUUGAUUGUUUUCUUUCAUAAGAUUUUCGGCCAGACGGCGACUGAAAUUGCAAGUUACUGUGAUAUAUUUAUUUUCAAUAAUUAACUAUUCUUAUCAACCAAUUAAAUGAGCAGGGAUAUCGAGUUAUGUCUAUAAGUAAUGGAAGGUACAGAACUGGGUGGCGACCAGCAAUUUUGUUUGAGAUGGAACAAUUUUCAAGCGAAUAUAACUUCUCAAUUCGAGGCAUUGCGCGAUGAUGAGGACUUCGUGGAUGUCACCCUGGCAUGCGAGGGGCACCGGCUGGAGGCACAUAAAGUGGUUCUUUCGGCAUGUAGUCCAUAUUUCAAGGAAUUAUUUAAAAACAAUCCAUGUCCUCACCCUAUAAUAUUCAUGCGCGAUUGCGAGGUAUCGCACGUGCGCGCGCUGCUACAGUUUAUGUACGUGGGACAGGUGAACAUAGCCCAGGCGCAGCUCAGCGCCUUCUUGCGUACUGCUGACGCGCUGCAGAUCAGAGGCCUCACGGACUGUUCACAACACAACGACAAAAAAGUGAAUCGAAAAUCACCUCCUUCCCAACUACGUAAUUUGCUCAGCGCCAAGCCGUCACACUCUACCUCCUCCUCCAAAGCCGCAAACCAAAAUGUCGAGACGACCUCUGUUGAAGACCAAGAACAAAACACAAGUCGUCGUUCCACAAGAAAUUCUCCCGAUGUUGCCAGAAACAAUCUCAAUGAAGAAGCUCCUUUUCAAACUUCUAGUCAAAUGAGGCCUAAUAAUGAUGACUAUAGAGAAAUUCCCAAUUACCCAGCUCUAAGGGUGAAAACUGAUCUCGAAGCAACUGACGUGAAAAAUGAAGAGAGUGCUAUUCUCAUGGACCCCGGGGACCCUGAAAGAACAGACAAAUGUCAAGAGUUUAGCGCAUCCGAUCUUUUGGAACCAAAAAUGGAAGUCAUGGAACAAGAAGCUAGCGACGAGGAGCGCUCUAGCUUUCCGCAGAUAUACUACAACGAGAACAACGCGCUCGCUAAUCCAUUUGCUGCAUUGCAAGGUAAUAUGGAUCUGAUGGCCGGGAUGAACACGGAGCUGCGAGACGAGAAUGCGGAAGCUGUAGGGAGAUGGGACGGCAGACGCAAUCGUCCGGUCCCCGACGCCGUCUGGCUGGAGCAGCACCGACGCGCCCUGCCCUUCGUCAUCAAGCGCGAGAACGAGCGGGGAGGCGCCGCUGCACCACGACUUAUAAAACUGGGAGAAGGAGUGGAGAUAAGAGAGGAACUGCUUCGCGGCGUGAAAUGGGGCGACUAUAGGAAGGUGACGCGCGGUCUGGCCGCGGCGCUGUUCUCGCCCAUCGAGCUGGCCACGUGCUCCGUGACGGGGCAGCGCUGGUCGCGCGCGGGCCAGGAGUCGCGCCCCACCAAGCCGCCGCUCGACCGCCGCAGAGUGCACGCGCUCAUCUCCUACGUCAGCAGGCACUUCCCAGACGUCGAGGUCAGCAGGAUCAAGCAGGUGCUAGCCUACAAGUGCAAGGAGAACUGCGCCGCGCUCAGGAUGAGGACUGCCAGGCUGUCGAACUGUUUCAGCGAUUCGACCAACUACUUGCUGAGCGCGGCGGCGCGGCCUCCGCCCUGCGACGUGGAGGCCCCCGGCGGCAGUGCGCGCUCUUCAUACUCUACCUACGAGGCUUCGAAGGGUCCAGGCGGCGGCGCGGGCGAGUACUCGCGCGGGCCGGGUGCUGGCGCGGGCGCUGCGGGCUCGACGGCCGCGGGGGCGGGCGGCGCGGGGGAGGAGGACGGCGAGGCGCAGUGAUGGCCGCCGCGGUGUUGCAUAUCAAUUUCAUAAUCUUGUUAUUUUUUACCAAAAAAGAGAAAAUAAAGAAACUCGUCGCUCGGCGUCGGCCGAGGCGCUCGCCGCUGGGUCGCGGGCUCCCGCCGAUCGUUUGGAAAGAUUUAUAUUUAUUUGCGCGGCGUCGCGACGACGAACGACGGCGGUGAGUUGCCCGUGUAAAAUAUUCAUAUUUAUUUAGGUGAUAUUUUUCUAUUGGCUACUGAUAAGAUUUUAUCUCGUUAUGUAUCUGCCGGCCGCGCCGGGGAUGCAUUGUCGUUUGUAAGGAAGGGAGUGGAGUCGUGCCCGAAGCUCUAGCAAUAAUUUAUCAGGUUCCUAAGACAUGUUUUGUAGUUAGAUUCUAUUUGCACGAAUUUUCGCAAACACUGCCGCUUUAUUUCUAAAUUUUUUUAUAGACAUCAGUCAGUCGUUUUAUUGCUUUCUAUAUUUUAUGUUUAAAUAUAAAUCGAGUCAUUUUCAACGUUACGUUAAAAUUUGUAUAUGAGGCAUUUAAGUGCUGUACGAGGGACCGUUGCAAUUGCAAAGUAAAUAUAUCAAAAUGGCAUAAUUUUUAGAGCUAUCUUAUAGAUAUUAUAGUCAUUUCGUUUUAUAGGUGUAAAUGAUAAUAAAGAAUUUAUUUUGGAGCGUCAAGGUUUGGAUAUUGUAAAGUCUUUGGAGAGCUGUGAUCAUGAUGGAUAUAAAGCAGUCAUAUUUUUAAAAUAUACAUUUAAGAGUUAUAACGUAAUUAUACUAUUGUACAGUGGAGCUGUAUAAUAAGGAGACGUAAGGUAUCAGUAGCCGGCUGGAGCAGCCCGGUCCCGUGCGUCCGCGCACACAUGUCUUUGUCAUAUCAACAAAAGCAAUAACUAUUAUUUGAUAAAGAACGAUUUAUUUCACUUUUAAAUACUAUUUUAACCAAGUUGUUAUAAAUGUAGUUAGUAAAUUGGAAAGAUCUCUUGAGAAGUCCACGGUCAUAUAUAGUUCUUUUGAACAAUAACUAAAUUCUCAUAAUGAUAAAAAGUCUCACGUUUACGUCAUAUCAAUUUGUAAUAAUUAGUUUUUUCACUAAUUUGUACAUCUUGUACAAAUAACAUAAUCAUAUAACUUCAGAUCAUAGAAACUGGCAUGUUACACGUUGUGAGGCUCGCGGUGGCUGGCACGGCAGGCUCCAUAUGAAAUUGUUUAUAAGAGGGAUAGAGGAGAGGAUGGGUUGUUAGUGUUAGCCUGCCGUGGACAGCGCCGCCCGGUCCGAGUGCAGAUUGAGGCGCGGCGUGCAGCACGGCCGCGCUCGCUCGACUCGACAGUACAUGUACAAAUAGUCGCCGUUUCUCUGAUCUGACCAGUGUACGCAGCUACACAAUACACAGUACACUAUUCGCACGUCUUUAGCAGUCAACUGUAAGAGAUUGGUGUACCUAUGAAUAAGUUACAGUUACCAGAGUUAGGAUAUAUAAGUAGUCACGCAGUGCUACGUAGUAAAAUCUUACUAUUUAGUAAUAUUUUACGAUGCCAAUUGAAAGUCUUAAUGCUCAAUUUUGCCAAAUUUUACUUGCCGAGAACGCGUCUUGUCUAUUAAUUUCGUGUUUUAACGUUUGGUAUAGCACACAUUCCCGUUACUAAAACACCUUUAGGUAUUUGAAAGUGAGAAGGGAAUGGACAGAUUGCUCAAUAUAUGAAAUAUUUGUAUUUCGUUUAUAGUUAUAUCAUAACACAUUCAAAUAGAACUUGGAAAUUUUUGGCCCAAUGAAAAUUAUAUCAUUAGAGAAGUAAAUGAAAAUUUAAUUGUAAUUUAGAAAUGAUAAAUUGAGAGUUAAAAGGAUUUGCAAGUAUAAAUAUAUUUGUGACGAAUGCUCGAGAUGCAAUAUGUUAAUUUAGUGCCAAAUGAUAAGUUAACUCGUAGCAAUAUAUUGUAUCCUAAUGCUCUUGUGUAAUUUCUCACGUAGUGUUAAUGACCUAUGAGGUUUCGAAGGUUUCUUUUACAAGACUAUAAUAUAUUUAUACAGGGAACGUGUUAGGUAUGUACUGUUGUUUGGAAUUAAGAGUGUUGUUGGGGUAAAAUACUCAUUGAGGCAGGGUGUACAAAUACCUGUACCCGACUGUACAGCCGAGCUACGGACGUAUUAACUCUGCCCUAGAAUAGUUUUGAUAGAUUAUUUAUUUAAAUUUAUCGUUUAAAAAUAAUGAAAUUAACAAAAAUAAUAAGCUACCUUCAUAUGAGACAGGGUACCUAUUGUCUGUCGAAGUGAACAAGUUUCCUGUGCUGUGAAAUCACAUGCAGUUAUUUAUACACCCUGGCCUUUAUAGCACUGAAUGAGCAAUGGAACAAGAGAAUUUAUUUACUCAAAUAAGUUUUUUUUAAUUAUUUACGAUAAUUUUGUACUAAAUUUUAAUAUACAUUAUUUUGCAUUUUAUGAUUGUAAUGGCAGCUGUCCAUAUCAUGUGAACGAUACAAUCGGUCACUGUAAUUUAGGGUUUCAUAAAUAAAUUUAAAACGAUACAUCGAACAUGACACAUUGGGCACAAAUAUUAUUAAAAAUAUGUACUUUUUCUUUGCUUGCUAUUGUUAAAUAAUAAUUGAAAUCUAAAUAACAUUGUUCCUGAUACUCGAUGGUAGUAAGCUUUGUGAAACCCUAAUAAGCGUUAAAGGUGUAUGAAGCGUCGCGCGGGCGGGCGGGAGGUAGCCACGUGGCGACGUGACGUCACCGCCCGCCCGCCCGCGCGCCGCACUAGUUUUCACUGAGCAAAUAAUCUUGAACUUUUGUAUAUAAAGAGAACAACAUCGAUGCCACUGUGCUCUGAGAGGACACAGCGUUGUGCCAAAAUUACGUGCUAGUCUUUAAAAACAAAUGUUGUUAUCAUUUUCAGAUUUUAUUUAGUCCAGAAUGUGUUUGUUCCUGUGCUGUGAAAAUAUUUUCUAACAAACCAACACUCGGUGAUGACGGUGGUGGGGAGGGACAAUGUGGUCGCUUUAUUCUCGCGGUGAACGGUUCUUAGGUUUUAGUCUUGUAGAAUAUGAUAAAUAAAUUGAAAAGUUUUCCUCACUGCAGUUCCUUAGGUGAAUCAUUUUAAUGUAAUUAUCUAGGGCAGUGGUGGAAAUUAAAUUGCCGUAUCGACGGCCCUUUAAAAUCGGUCCUUUUUGUGAAACUGACCACAUUGUAAACUAAAAUUAUGGAUUUAGAUCGACAACUAUAAUCGUGUGAUCGUAAACUGAACACUGGAAGGUAUCAGAAUCAGUCGUAGCGCUAGCUUACUAAUAGUUACAAAACCUAUAGGAAUACCAAGCCUUUUGUGCCUAGGUGUAUAAAAUUCUCACUUUUAUAAAAUUGACACGUUUGCCUGUGAUAUUAUUUUUUCUAUUAGUUAGAUUAGUUGUUAGGAACACAUUCAAGUUUGUGUGUGCAGUGGCGGCUGAAUUUUGACAAAGAUCGAAUUUUCCUCUAAAAUUAAGUAUAGUAAGGAUCGUCCAAAGCCCUCAAGCUGUCUCCGAGUACCGGAUUGUAGUUGUCGAUGGUUAAACUUGUGUCAUUAAAGACGAGUCAUAAAAACUAAUUAUUUAGAGUUACGACGUGUUGUGUUGGUUUGUUGUUAUAUUUAUAGUAUUUAUGAAAAAUGCACAUAAUAAUUUAGCUUUGAGCUUGUGCAAUAUUAUUCCAAAUUGUUUAUAGAAGAAAACUGUUAUAAUUAUUUCUAAAUUGUUAUAUAUUUUUAUAAACGUAAAAGACAAAGGCAACUUAAAUUAUAUUUUUGUUGUGCAUUUAUUAUCAAAUUUUAUUAAUACUGAACCACAAACUCAUUGUGGACUGUAAUGUCUGCGUCUGUGAAAACUGUUAAUUAGGUACAGUAGAUGGUUUUUUUAUAUAUGCUAAUAUUGUGAGUCAAUUCUAGUAAAGUUAAUGUUCCCUUUUAUUUAGAAUAAUUUACGUUAAUAAACAAAUUAAUCUAAGAUUGCUCAACCAAGAUGCAAUGCUAACUGCAAUGUAGAUGUACGAAAAUAAUUUUAUAUUUGUCCUUUUAUAUUAUUUAUCUGAUAUUUCAGUUUUAUUCAUUUGUGAGUUAUGGCAGCGCAUGUUAGUCUUAUGUUUAUUCUUAAGAGAGGCCAAAUGUUGACUUGCUUAUGUGAGACUGUUUUGCCAAGAAUCAGAAAGUAUAUUAUUACCUACAUUGUUUUAAAAUAAAUGCUUUUAUAUAAAAUCUA